UCCGGCCGCCCAAAAAAAAAAAAAAAAAAAAAAAAAGACUCCGAUUCUAGUCCGAUUCUAGCGACCCACCCCGCGCCCCCUCUAUGGGCUUGUGCUCUUCCCACCCUCCUCCUCUGCCUCUUGACUGAGACAGACAGCCCUUCUGGACCAAGCACACCCGGAUAUAUCAUAUAUCUCGUAUCUGCAGCCAGGAACCAACGAUGGGGGCACCACAGCGCAUUGCCAUUGUGUCGGUCUACGACAAGACGGGCCUGCUGGACCUGGCCAAGGGCCUCGUCAAGAAUGACGUCCGCAUCCUUGCCUCUGGCGGCACCGCCAAGAUGAUCCGGGAGUCUGGGUUCGCCGUUGAGGAUAUCUCGGCCAUCACCAAGGCCCCCGAGAUGCUCGCCGGCCGCGUCAAGACGCUGCACCCGGCCGUGCACGCCGGCAUCCUGGCGCGCAACCUAGCGUCGGACGAGAAGGACCUGGCCGAGCAGAGCAUCGACAAGGUCGACUACGUCGUCUGCAACCUGUACCCCUUCAAGGACACGGUCGCCAAGGUCAACGUGACGGUGCCCGAGGCCGUCGAGGAGAUCGACAUCGGCGGCGUCACCCUCAUCCGCGCCGCCGCCAAGAACCACUCGCGCGUCACCAUACUCAGCGACCCCAACGACUACGCUGAGUUCCUCAAGGAGCUCGACGCCGGCGAGAUCAAGGAGUCGAGCCGUAAGCUCUACGCCCUCAAGGCCUUUGAGCACACGGCCGACUACGACGCCGCCAUCUCCGACUUCUUCCGCCGCCAGUACGCCUCGGACGGCCUGCAGCACCUGGCGCUGCGCUACGGCGCCAACCCCCACCAGAAGCCCGCGGCCGCCUACACCAAGGGGGGUAAGCUACCCUUCAAGGUCCUCUGCGGCUCCCCGGGCUACAUCAACCUACUCGACGCGCUCAACGCCUGGCCGCUCGUCAAGGAGCUCAAGGAGGCCCUCGGCAAGCCCGCCGCCGCGAGCUUCAAGCACGUCUCGCCCGCCGGCGCCGCCAUCGGCACCCCGCUCAGCGAGAACGAGAAGAAGGUCUACAUGGUGGAGGGCAUCGAGGGCAUCGACUCGUCGGGCCUGGCCCAGGCCUACGCCCGCGCCCGCGGCGCCGACCGUAUGAGCUCCUUUGGCGACAUGAUCGCGCUGAGCGACGUGGUCGACGAGCCCACGGCCAAGAUCAUCUCGCGGGAGGUGUCGGACGGCAUCAUCGCUCCCGGCUACGACGCAGCCGCCCUGGCCAUCCUGAGCAAGAAGAAGGGCGGCCGCUACCUGGUGCUCGAGAUGGACCCCGAGUACGAGCCGGCGGCGCGCGAACAGCGCACCGUCUACGGCGUCGGCCUGUCGCAGCACCGCAACGACGCAAAGGUCUCGCCCGCCUCGUUCGGCACCGUCAUCACGCCCAAGGACUCGCCCGCCGCCGCCGCCGCCGCCCCGCUGCCCGAGAGCGCGCUGCGCGACCUGACCGUCGCCACCAUCGCGCUCAAGUACACGCAGAGCAACUCGGUGUGCUACGCCGCAGGCGGCAUGGUCGUCGGCCUCGGCGCCGGCCAGCAGUCGCGCAUCCACUGCACCCGCCUCGCCGGCGACAAGGCCGACAACUGGUGGCUGCGCUUCCACCCGCGCGUCCUGGGCGCAAAGUGGCGCCAGGGCGCCAAGCGGCCCGAGAAGAGCAACGCCAUCGACCUGCUCGUCAGCGGCCAGCUGCCCAAGGGCGGCGCCGAGAGGGACGCCUUCGAGGUCCUGUUCGACGAGGUCCCCGCCGCCUUCACCGAGGCCGAGAGGGACGAGUGGCUCGGCAAGCUGACCAACGUCGCCAUCUCGAGUGACGCCUUUUUCCCCUUCGCCGACAACGUCUUCAGGGCUGCUCGCUCGGGUGUAAAGUACAUGGCCGCGCCUACUGGAAGCCAGAACGACGGCAUCGUCUUCGAGACGGCCGAGAAGCUGGGAAUCACCUUCGUGGAGCAGAGCACUCGCCUCUUCCACCACUAAGCUCCUUUGUAUAGUUCUUUUUUUUUUUUCAGCCAGGCAAACGCAAGCCACAAAUCUUGGAGAGUAUAUAUAAUCCACCCACGAUGCUUUUGGCCCCAACUCUGUUGUCAGGCAUGUCUAAAACGGCCAGAGACGGAGGAAAGGGGAGAGCGAGAAACAAGGAAAAAAGAAAAUGCUCAGAAUAAAAAAUUAAAAAGAUUGCACUGUGGCUGUACGACAGCUUCAGAGCAGCCCACAGCGGCACAAAGCGGGACACAGUAGCACCAACACCGUGUGGGUGCACGGGCGGGCCCAUCCAAUGCAUCUGAUAUCAUGUACGCCACACCGUUCCCUUCCA